AUAUAUAUAACCAAGUCAAUUACACAUAUACCAAAGAUGGCUCAUAUCGUCCCAUUAAGUUUCCCAGCCAUGGCUGCCAUGGGUUCCGUUGUGUUAAUUUUUGUUGCUAUAAAAUCACCAUGGAGAAAUAGAUAUCAUCGUGUCAACAAUGUCAGUCCAAAGGCUGAUUUAGCUUGGAGAAAUGCUGCCCAACAAUGGCUUGAUAACAAUAGAGCAUAAGUGGGAUAUUUCCCUCUUUUGUAUUCAAAGGGUGAUUGUAAAAGAUCAGUCUUAUUUAUCUUGCAUUUAGUUCAGUUUUAUCGUGUGUCCUAAAUAGAGGAUACUUUUGCAUGGGUUGUGUGUGUACAAUAUUCAAAUAAUGGUAUAUCUAGAAUAUAUAACAGUUUUAUUUAUUAGCAUUUAUCAGUGUUGUUUUAUUAUCUUCAGGAUUUCAGUGGUUGAUUCGAUUCAACUCCAGAUUCAAUGGAAGAUAAAUAUAUUGAUAAAAAGUGGCAUUAUUCUAAAAUCACUCUUUAAUUGCGAUUGGAUUUUUCAAACUUGCUCUUAUAGCCAAUCUAUAUUUUUCAUAUAUAUAUAUAUUGUUAUGUAGAUUUCUACCG